AAAAUUCGCUUGAAUAUUCAUUGUGAAGAAUCAGAAACUAGAAAACCUAACACUGUGUGAAACAGAUCCACAACAUUGAGAUUAGGCUUUGGAAUGGAAGAAAUAUCAGUGAACGGUUCAAUGUCAAUCAGCGGCAAAACGACCCAGGAUUUAGCCAUGGAAGGUCAUAGAUACUUAGAAGAAACCAUACAAUAUGCUUACAAGAUACUUUCCUCCAUGAAUGACGAACUUUGUAACCCUGCUAUGUGGUCCACUCCUUCUUCCGCGGUUACCUCUCCCAAUGCCCUUUCCCCAAAUGGUGAUGCCGCUUCUGAUAACUCCGGCCAACACGCUGACGGAGCCGCUUCCGGUGGCGGUACUGGUGGUGCUCUUGAUGAAGCUCGAUUUCGGUAUAAGAAGGCUGUUGCUGGAUUACGUAGUGUUCUUGUUGCAAUCCCUAACUCUCAGAAGACAAACACAUUUGACAAUGGUUCAGCUGCUAGCCCUGCGGAUGAAGCUGAAAUGGAGAAGUUGGAAGAGCAAGCCUCUUCUUUAAGAAAGGAACUUGGCAACAAGAACUUGCACCUGAAGAUACUCAUAGAUCAAAUACGAGAGCUUAUCACAGACAUAUCAACUUGGCAAAGUCCCUUUUCGACUUGAAGUUUGUUGUGCUUGCAUUUGUAGGGUGAUAUAAAAAUCGAUAACAUGAUCUAGUUUACAGUAAAUGGUAAUGACGCUUCUUUAUAUUUUACCAAUUGAAGUUGAAUCAGUUGUAUUAGCAUGCUCUUAUCCUGAAAGUACACUUUCAGAGUUGUGGAAUGAAGUGGUGUUAGCAGUCUCAGUCUGAACGUGUUUGUGCUGCUUGUAAUUUGUAGAAUAGUUGACAAAUUUUGCAAAAUAGCAACCUGCCAAUCUUUUCUGAUGUAAUCUUUUAUUUGAUUGUUGCUAGAAGUUGUACCAAAAUAGUUCUCUCGAGUUAAAGAAGGUGCUGGUCUUUUGUACAAGGAUGAAACUUUUAAUGUUUUAUUCACCAA